AUGUUAAAAAGAGACUAUGAGGAUGACAUGAGUAAGGCAGAUGGAUGGUGUGAAGCACCAACUGCUGCUGCCGGGCCACAGGACGACCCCUACAAAGCACCAUUCACCCUGUCAGAAGGCAUUGAUGAUGUCCGGCAGCUCCAGGUGAACAUCCCUCACUCAGGUCCUGUUUCCGCCUCACUGGGCAGCUCCAUCUCCAUCCCUUGUUUGGUGUCUCUGUCCUCUUCCUCCCCUGUUGCACCGCGGGUCAAGUGGACUGUGGUGUCUGGUGGUGCGGAGACUCAGAUCUUGGUGGCGCGGGGUCAAAGAGUGAAGGUCAACGAAGCAUACCGAGACCGCGCAGCCUGGCUCAACUACACUUCAUCCCCCGAUGAUCUGUCACUGUGGUUGGGAGAUUUACGCUCAAGUGACUCGGGCCACUAUCGCUGUGAGGUGCAGCAAGGCCUGGAGGACGCCAGUGACCUUGUAGAACUCAAGGUCAAAGGUGUUGUAUUCCACUACAGGGAUGCUUUGGGUCGCUAUGCGUUUUCCUUCCAUCAGGCUCAGAGGGCUUGUGAGGCCAUCGGGGCACAAAUCACGACUCCUGACCAGCUGCUGGCCGCUUAUUAUGAUGGCUACGAGCAGUGUGAUGCAGGCUGGCUGGCAGACCAGUCUGUCAGGUACCCAAUCCAAGUGCCUCGUGAAGGUUGUUAUGGUGACAUGGAUGGCCAACCAGGCGUGAGAAACUACGGCACAAUGGAUCCAGAUGAUCUAUUUGAUGUUUACUGUUAUGUGGAGGAAACUGACGGGGAGGUGUUUCAUGAGUCCAUCCCACAGCAGUUGUCGUUUGAUGAAGCACAGUCAUAUUGCAGAGCAGCAGGAGCAGAGUUGGCUACAACAGCACAGCUGUACUUGGCAUGGAGUGAAGGUCUGGAUCGUUGCAGCCCUGGGUGGUUGUCUGAUGGCAGUGUGCGCUACCCCAUCCUAGCCCCUAGAGAGCGCUGCGGAGGGCCUCAGCCAGGCGUCAAAACCCUCUACCGCUUCAGCAACCAAACUGGCUUCCCACAGCCAUCCAGCCUCCAUGACGUGUAUUGUUUCAGACAAUAUAGAAAUACUCCCACCGAGUCUCCCAUGGAUGAUGUGGCCACAGGGCCUGAGGACAUUGGACAAGAUGUUGUUAUUCUUAUGGAAACAGAUCAAGAGCUGCAAAUAGACCAACAUGUAGAGCAGGUGGAGCUCAAGGCUCAAAGGGUGCUCGAAUCAUUUCCCCUUUUCUCCUCCAAGGAAAACCUGGUUGACAUGCACCCAACAGUUGAAUCAGACACAAUAACAUCUCCUGUCAACAUCACACCUACAUUAGACUUCCUUCAGGCAUUGAAUGAAACUGCAUCUCCUACAGAAAUGAGCUCCCAGCAUCCUACUGCACAGAUGAACACUACUUUCAGCACCACAGAAACCUACGAUUCCCCACAAAACACUUCAUUACUGCCCAGUGUUUACAAUGAGACAGAUUCACACCACAACUUCAACAUCACUUUUCACCAAUCUGAUCUCGAAAGCACCACAGGGUUUCCCGAGUCAUCAUUUGAACUUCACACACAUAACCAGACAGUUCCAGACACUAAUCCGGAAGAGAAUACAUCUGAGAGGCGAAAGGAUUUGCAAGAAAUACAAGAGAUCAACUUUGAUUUUGACAGGUCGCAAGCCAAUUACAGCGAGACAGACAGCAAUCAUACUCAAGAGGAGAGUCUCUGGGAGAUAACCUCUAUAACCCUUGGCCCCAUGGUUCACGUGAAGCUGGAGGAGGAAACAGUAGAAACUCCUGUGCAGGUGUUUCUCUCAACUCAGGCCUCAAAAGAAGAAGAAAUUGUUACACAACCAGCACAAACUACAAAAUCUACCAUCAUGGAGCAAACCUCAUUGUGGGCCAAUCUGGAUGGGUCUGGAGAUAUUUCUCAAGAGAGUGACAUUGACAUGGAAGCAGUCAGCUUAAUCUACACAUCAGAAUCUUCUUCUUCCGGCUUCACCACUCAUGCGUCACUUUCUACUUCGACUAGUAGUGCUUCAACUGAGCCUCGAACAGCACUCCCUGAUUUGUCCCUUCCAUCUGGGUCACGCCAUUCUGACAACCUGGGCUUGGAUAUCUACUCCACAGCACCACAGUUAUGGGAGUCCUCCAAUUCUAGACAGGAGGGAAAAGCUAGAGUUACCCCAACCGUCGAAGAAGAGUACGUAGCUCCAACCCUCGAAGAAGGAGCGUACGUUGCUCCAACCUUUGAGGAAGACUUUACUGUAUUUCCACUCGAUUCACAAACAUCCAACUGGGCUCUGCUGACCACCACAACAAGACCCCAAGAGUCUCUGAAUGAUAUAGAGUACAGCAGAACAAACUCCCCCAUCAUCUCCACAGCAGCUCUAGAUUCCUCCUCCAGUACAAAGCCCACUGCUGCUGCUACAAAGACCACCAUCACGUCCACCACCCACUGGACCAGACGCACAUGGAGCCCUACCACCUCUGCACCAAAUGUGUUCCACAAGACGGCUGAGCCCCGGAAGGUGACAACCUUCAUACCACCAGUGGAUCAAGGUCUGGUGGAUGUUGAGUUUAGUCUCACCCAGCCGCCCACCCUUCUUAUCUUGCCCAAUGAGAGGGCAGCUGUAGGCGGAACAGGGAAAGCUUCAGUUUUCCUCUGUUUUGUUUCAGAUGCCUGUGUGAACGACCCCUGUCUCAAUGGAGGCACCUGCACUGACCGGGACGGGCAGAUUCAAUGUCUCUGUCUGCCAACAUAUGGAGGAGACUUCUGUCAGACCGACCUGGAGCAAUGUGAACCAGGCUGGGAUAAGUUCCACGGUUUCUGCUACCGACACUUCAGCCAGCGCCUCAGCUGGGAGGUCGCAGAGCAGCACUGUCGCAUGCUGGGAGGUCACCUGGUGUCCAUCAUCACCCCUGAGGAACAGAGUUACAUCAACAACAACUACAAAGAAUACCAGUGGACCGGUUUGAAUGAUAAAACCAUUGAGGAUGAUUUCCGCUGGUCUGAUGGCAACCCGAUGCUGUAUGAGAACUGGUACAAAGGGCAGCCGGACAGCUAUUUUCUGUCUGGUGAAGACUGCGUGGUGAUGGUGUGGCACGAUGAGGGACGAUGGAGUGACGUACCCUGCAACUACCACCUUGCAUAUACCUGCAAGAAAGGCACCUCCUCAUGUGGUCCACCACCCAGAAUCCGAAACGCCUCCAUCUUUGGAAAAGGUCGACAGAGAUACGAGACCAACGCAGUAGUGCGUUAUCACUGCGCCCCGGGUUUCCAGCAGAGAUUUACUCCUCUGAUCAGAUGUCUCUCUGGAGGCAGGUGGGAGAGGCCCCAGGUCCUGUGCAUCCCUGAGACUGGAGGUCCAACCCAACACCCUGAAGUGACGUCACAGACCAACAGCUACUCUGCUGCCAUUGAAGACGAGUUUGAAGCCACUAAAGAGACACCGCAGUUUUGGGACAUCAAGUUUUAA